GACCCCGACCUUGACAAAGUCAAGGAGGGUUCACUCGUGCGUGUUGAGAAAGUGCUGGAGGUUCCGCCAGACCAGCUCAAUGCACUGCUUGGAAACCAACAGGUGUCAUUGUUCCUGGCGUCGCCUUCAGCUUCGCAGAGAGAGGACGAGGGCGAGACUGAAGCCGAGUUCUCACCUACUUCGCCGCCACUGGCGGAGGAAGAAGAGGCUGCUUCUGAGCAAGCCGUUGCAGAGGAAGAUGGCAGUGAAGUGCUGGCAGCGGCUGCCAAGGUACCGGAUGCUGCAGCACCAGAUGAGGUGCCACAG